AUUUAGAGUGCUGCUUUCAUUAAGAUCAGAUCACAUGGUACUGCUAUCGCUAGCAGACAGUCUCGGAAACCAACUUUCCAAAAAAAAUGGCAGCGAUAGUGAUUUUUGUAGCAUCUGCCCUAGUGGUCUACAUGCUAUAUCGGUGGUACCAGGAAAGAUUGGACAUGGAGAGAAAAUUGAAGUGGGUUCCGAAAGUGCCUGGAGUGCCAAUACUGGGAAACGUACUGGAUUUCGGGAAAUCUACAGAGUUUCUGAAUACUUUGACAAAGUAUAGUAACCAAUAUAGAGGAUUGUGUCAGAUGUCGUUGGUCCAAGAUACAUUUUUGGUAGCUUCGGACCACAGCUUUUUGGAGUUUCUUUUAACGUCCACGAAGGUCCUGAACAAAUCUGCCUCAUACAAAUUUUUAGCACAAUGGCUAGGAAAAGGGCUUAUCUUGGCUGAUGGUGCAAAAUCGAAAGUCAGCAGAAAAUUUCUGACUCCAUCUUUCCACUUCAAAAUCCUAGAAGAAUUCGUGGAGGUUUUUGAAUCCAAUGGCAACACCCUAGUCGAAAUUUUGGAACAACAAACUGAGGAAACCACUGUUGAUAUUUACCCCUUCAUUACUAUGUGUACUUUGGAUAUCAUAUGUGAAUCCACGAUGGGCGUAUCUCUGAACGCCCAAAGGCACAACCAAUCCGAAUACGUGUUCGCAGUGAAAGAACUCUGCAGGAUAGAAGUAGAUAGAACCUUUUCGCCCUUCAAAAUGUACGAUUUGCUGUAUCCUUUGUCGCGUGACUACUACAAAGAGAAAAAGUACGUCAAGAUUCUGCACGAUCAGACGGACUUCGUUAUAAGGACGAGAAAGGCGGAACUGGAGAAAAAUGGCGGAGAGAAAACUGACGAAGAAGCUGAGGAGACGGGGAUGAAGAAGAAAAUGGCCUUUUUGGAUUUGAUGUUGCAGGCUAGAGUGGACGGCCAAGCUCUCAGCGAUCAAGAAAUUCGUGAAGAAGUGGAUACUGGGCACGACACAACUUCUUCAGCAAUUGGAUUCACUCUGUAUUGUUUAGCUACAAAUCCUCAUAUCCAGUCUGAGGCUCUCGUGGAACAGAAAUUGAUUUUCGGAAAUGACAGAAACAGGGCCGUAACGCACAGAGACUUACAAACUAUGAAGUUUCUGGAAAUGGUGAUCAAAGAAGCCUUGAGACUGUAUCCGUCAGUACCUUUUGUAGGAAGGCUGACAGAUAAAGAAGUUGAAUAUAAAGAUGGAAAAGUGAUUCCAAAAAACGUAGGAAUUAUAGUAUUCAUCUUCGGAGUGAACAGGAACCCUGAGGUGUUCCCAGAUCCUGAGAAAUUUGAUCCAUUCAGAUUUGACAACGAAACGAGAACAUAUUCGCCUUACGCUUACAUCCCUUUCAGCGCUGGACCGAGGAACUGCAUAGGUCAAAAGUUCGCAAUGUUAGAGAUGAAAUCGCUAGUUUCGAAAAUUCUCAGAAAUUUCGUUUUGCUGCCUUCAGGAGACCCUCCAAUUUUGGCUGCAGAAACGGUAUUGAAAUCUGCCAAUGGAAUCCAAAUGAAACUGAGAAAAAGAGACUGGAUAUAA